AUGCAAAAAUAAAAGAAUAACUUAGUUAAUCAAAAAAAUGAAUAAAUGAAGUUGUAAUUAUUAUAAAAAUUGACGCAGUAAUAAUAAUCUGUUAUUGCAGUAGCAAAAGCAUAAAAUUACUAUUAAUUUGACAAUAUAUUAAUUAACUCGUUGAUAAACCANAAAAUUAUUAAUAAGUCUGCAUUAAACCACUUUCAUACUUAUCCUCUACUAAACCUAACACUUAAAAAUAAUUACCUUCCCCUCUUAAUAAAACUGUUUUCAUUUAAAGAAAUCAUCUUGAUUUCAAUUACUUUGAAGAACCUUCAAUAAAUCUAUAAAUCUAAACUGGUAGAAAAAAAUUAAAUAGAGAAUUCUAAGAAAGGGAUAUCAAUCUUAAAAUAUAAGAUAAAGUUAUUUCUUAAUAAAAGACUUCAACAAAUGUACAAAGUAGUAAAUCUUCACCAUAAAAUAAACCACAUUAAUAGAAGACAAUCUAUAAAUAAUCCAUUCGUAAACCUUAAGAUUUUUCUUUCAGAUUUGAUACAACAAAAACAACCUUCACUACCAAAACAGGUUUAAAAGGAAAACAAAGCUUUAAAUAUCGAAGUUAUUCCAAAUAUGAUUGAUUUAUAUAUUACUAAUUAAAUUAUUUAUAUUUAUCAAGUAUUCCGAAACUCAAAGAUACUAUGUAAAACUAACUUAAAUUUACUUUAAUAAAGAAAAAAAAAAGAUUUACCACAAUUUUUAUUGUUUUAAGUUAAAUAAAUGAUAUUACAAAAUUUUAAAAUUGAUUUAACAAGUUUAUUUAAAUUUAUUUCAUACUUAAAAGUAUAAGGGUGUGUUCAACUUUAUUAAUAAUUUGAAUUUUAAAUAAAAAAUUUUAAUUUGUAAAAUCGUGUUGUAAAAUAUGAAAAAAACAAAUAAAUUUAAGUAGAAUUUUAAUGA